AGACGCGGCUCAGAGUCCCGCGGAGCUCCGGUGAAUCAGGAAUGGGCGAUGGAAUGUGCUACAGCUUUGCAAUGAGACGUCUGUGGGUCUGUGUCUUGCUUGUGAGCAUCACCUGCCGUCUGAGCCUCUCCCAGGAUGUAACUGGAACUCCCAAAGAGGCCGAAUUAAAUGACAACAUCACCAUCUUCACGCGCAUCCUGGACGGACUGCUGGAUGGUUAUGACAACAGACUCCGCCCUGGACUGGGAGAAAAGGUGACAGAGAUCAAAACCAACAUCUUUGUCACGAGCUUUGGUCCAGUCUCUGACACUGAAAUGGAAUACACUAUCGACGUGUUCUUCCGUCAGAGCUGGAAAGAUGAAAGACUUUGCUUCAAAGGCCCGAUGGAGAUGCUCCCUCUGAACAAUCUCCUUGCCAGCAACAUCUGGACUCCGGACACCUUCUUCCUCAACGGGAAGAAAUCCAUCGCGCACAACAUGACGACACCGAACAAGCUGCUGCGGCUGAAAGACGACGGCACUCUGCUCUACACCAUGAGACUGACAAUAUCUGCAGAAUGCCCCAUGCAGCUGGAGGAUUUCCCGAUGGACGCCCAUGCUUGUCCCCUUAAAUUCGGAAGCUAUGCGUAUCCGGUCUCGGAGGUGGUCUACACGUGGACUCAGGGAGCAGCAAAGUCAGUGGUGGUGGCGGAAGGCUCCCGGCUCAACCAGUAUCAUCUGAUCGGUCAGACUGCAGGAACGGAGGACAUCUACACCAGCAGAGGUCAGUACACCGUGAUGAUGGCUCACUUUUACCUGAAGAGGAAGAUCGGCUACUUUGUCAUCCAGACCUACAUGCCUUGCUUCAUGACUGUGAUCCUGUCACAAGUUUCUUUUUGGCUCAACCGAGAGUCUGUGCCAGCGCGGACCGUUUUUGGUGUGACCACAGUGCUCACGAUGACCACUCUCAGCAUCAGCGCUCGCAACUCGCUGCCUAAAGUGGCGUACGCUACAGCCAUGGACUGGUUCAUCGCAGUGUGCUACGCCUUCGUCUUCUCCGCGCUCAUCGAGUUUGCCACAGUGAACUACUUCACCAAGAGGAGCUGGGCCUGGGACGGAAAAAAGGCAAUGGAGGCCCAACAGCCCAAGAAGAAGGACCCUUUGGCUCUCUCUAAAAAGCCAAACAACACCUGCUCGGCCGGUGUGAAUUACACAACCAACCUCACCAAGGACGCAUCCAUCUCGACCAUUUCAAACAGCACGGCUGUUCAGCUCAAACCGUCUGAAACCAAGGCCCCGGACCCCAAAAAGACUUACAAUAGCGUGAGCAAGAUCGACAAGAUGUCCAGAAUAGUGUUCCCGGUGCUUUUUGGGACCUUUAACCUGGUGUACUGGGCCACGUAUCUUAAUAGGGAACCAGUGAUCAAAGGAGCGGUUUAAGCUCCGCGAUCAGGAUCGUUCAUCUUCCUGACGACCACUUCAGGAUCUCAUCACUGGAUCGCAAUCUAAAUCAAUGCCAAGCACUUAGUCCUUGUAUCAUAGUGUGUUUUUUUUAGGGUCACACUGCAUGUCUGUCGCUUCAGAAAAAAAAUGUUGCCUUGAUUUUGUAUGAUAUACGACUUUUCAACAGUUUUAUUUAUCUCAUUUUCCAGUCACUAUUAGUUUCUGCCAAAUUCUGAUAUUUUGAGAUUUUAGCAUUUGGCAUUUAUACUUUCUCCAACAGUAGACGACGGUACAGUGCAGCAAGGCCAAAUGCUAUGCAAAACAUUUUUACUGUGUCAUGACUCUAAAGCGGCUUUUACCUUUGUGACUCUUUCUUUGUACAAAUGAGCUGGAGGUCCAGGUACGCGAGGCCGGGCCCAGGCACAUGGGACUUUGCUUCCUUGUUAAAAGCAGAUGAAUAGCCAUGCUAAAUGUGUUGCCUUCAGAGUGUGAGAACUCAUCACGAAUGCACUGAAAUCUCCCGCAGUAACUUUUUUCAGAAGCCAGAUUUUCAACUUUCACGAAUCAUGUUAUGUUUUUGUUCUUUUUUUCUCUUUCAGUUGACCUAUCCUAAGUCCCGCCCCCUGUAGUUACUGUUGCUAGGCCGGACAAGCUUGACAAAAAACAAGAUUGAGAUGCCGGUUC